AAUUGUGCACGUUUCUCUUUCAGGAACGAAGAUGGAUCUUGUACUCAAUGCUGCGGAUUAUUAUUUCUUCACUCCUUACUUCUAUCCAGCCACCUGGUCCGAAGGUGACAUCUUCCGGCAAACUAUUAGUCUACUGAUUGUAACGAACCUCGGUGCUUUUAUUACUUAUUUUGUCUUUGCAACCCUCAACUAUUAUUUUGUCUUUGAUCACUCAUUAAUGAAACACCCACAGUUUUUGGAGAAUCAAGUCUACCGAGAGUUCAAGCUCACUGUCCAGUCACUGCCCAUCAUGAGUAUCCCCACCAUCUUGCUGUUUCUGCUGGAGCUGAGGGGUUACAGCAAAUUAUAUGACAACAUCGGAGAGUUUCCGAGUGGCUGGAUUUACCUCCUGGGGAGUAUUUUCUCCUUCCUCUUUUUCACCGACAUGCUCAUCUACUGGAUUCAUAGGGGCCUGCACCACAGACUUGUCUAUAAGCGUCUGCAUAAACCUCAUCAUCUCUGGAAGAUUCCCACUCCAUUUGCCAGCCAUGCUUUUCAUCCACUGGACGGUUUCAUGCAGAGCCUCCCCUACCACAUCUACCCUUUCAUCUUCCCUCUGCACAAGGCCAUUUACUUAGGCCUGUACAUUGUGGUCAACAUCUGGACCAUUUCCAUCCAUGAUGGGGAUUUCCGUGUGCCCCAGAUCUUAAGGCCUUUCAUUAACUGCUCAGCACAUCACACUGACCACCACGUGUUCUUCGAAUGCAACUACGGACAGUAUUUUACCCUGUGGGACAGACUCGGGGGCACGUACAAACAUCCUUCUUCCUUCGAUGGGAAGGGGCCGCUAGAUUAUGUGAAGACCUUGAAAGAAAAGAAGUACCACGAUGAUGUGGGAAAUGGUCACCAGAAUGCCAGUCCAGCCAGUGCCACCUAUACCAAGACGAAAUAAAUUUCUGUCCAUUUCAGGA